UCCUGAAUAUAAAUGGAGAUCUGGGACGAAAACAUCCUGUGAAGAUUCCUCUGUCUGGGUGUCCUCCAAAUGGACUGUGUGUGUGUGUGUUUCCAUUACUUUUGUGUGUCUCUUACUGUAUGUUUUAGGUAUUCUUGUGUGUCCAAUCUUUUCGUGUUUCUGGUCUAUUUUUUGAAGUUUUCAGUCAUUUUGUGUUGAUUUUCAGUCUGUGUUCCCAGUUUUUCUUGUGUAUGUUUCCAGUCUAUUUGUUUUAGAUAUUUUUUAUAUUUCCAGUCUUUUUCAGUCUGUUUCCAGUGCUUUGUGCAUGAUUUCAGCCUUUUGUGUGUUUCAAGUCUUUUUGUGUAUAUUUUCAGUCUUUUUGUGGUCCCAGUCUUAUUUCCAAGGGGUUUGUGUGUUUCCAGUCUUUUGUGUAUAUUUUCUUUCAUUUCGUGUUUCCAGUCUUAUUUCCCAUGUUUUUUUUGUGUGUUUCCAGUCUUUAUAGGUAUGAUUUCAGUCUUUUAGUGUAUAUUUUCAGUUAUUUUGUGUGUGUUUCCAGUGUUUUUGUGUAUAUUUUCAUUAAUUUUGUGUGUCUUUCCACUCUUAUUUCCAGUGGGGUUUUUUUUUUGUGUGUGUGUUUCCAGUGUUUUUGUGCAUGAUUUCAGUCUUUUUGCGCCUCCCCGCCGCGGUCCUCUCUCCCCGGCCCGGAGCGGAGCUGGAGGCCGCUGUGCCGCCGCGGUGCAGCCGGAGGAGGGCAGCAGGGAGGCGGCCGCAGCUGCAGCUGCGCUCGGAUGCGGCGGAGGAAGCGGCUCUUCUGCAUCUCUUCCUGUGCCUGCAGCUCGCUGCCUCUCCGGAGCUUCGAGGCUCGGCGCGCCGGGAAGAAACUCGCCUCUCAGGCCGGCGCAUGGCCCGGAGAGACGGCCGGGACCUCCGCAGCGCACAGCCGGCCGCAGCGGUCGUGGAUGCGGGUUGUUCACGCCGGAGGCUCCCCGCCCGCCUCCCCCGCCUCGGAGGCUCCGAGCGGCCGCCGAACGUUGCCGAGCAGCGUCGCCGCAGAUAGCGUCUGAGGAGCGGGGCUGACGGUCCCCGAGCCCGGCCCGGCCUCCCUCACCGCGGUGCCGCUAGAGAGCGGCUCCGGAGCGCCGCCGCUGCUCCGCCCAGCCCGCGGGAGGACGAGGUGGAUGUCCGGCCGGAGCACAGCCGGAGAUGGCGGUCCUCAAACUGGCCGAGCAGCCUCCUCUCAUACAGGCCAUCUUCAGUGGAGACUCCGAGGAGAUCCGAAUGCUGAUCUACAAGUCUGAGGACAUCAAUGCUCUGGACUGCGAGAAGCGGACGCCGCUGCACGCCGCCGCCUUCCUGGGGAACGCCGAGGUCACCGAACUGCUCAUCCUGUCCGGAGCUCGGGUCAAUGCGAAGGACAGCAUGUGGUGGACGCCGCUGCACCGAGCCGUGGCGUCCCGCAGUCCGGACACCGUGCGGGUUCUGAUCCGACACUCGGCGGACAUCAACGUGCGAGACAAGAACUGGCAGACGCCGCUUCACGUGGCCGCCGCCAAGAACGCUCUGCGCUGCGCGGAGGUCAUCAUCCCGCUGCUGAGCAGCGUCAACGUGUCGGACCGCGGCGGGCGCACCGCGCUGCACCACGCCGCCCUCAACGGGCACGCCGAGAUGGUGAACCUGCUGCUAGCUAAAGGAGCUAACGUCAAUGCCUUCGAUAAGAAAGACGUCCGAGCUCUUCACUGGGCUUCUUUCAUGGGUCACCUGGACGUGGUGCGCCUGCUGCUCAGUCAGGGUGCCGAGAUCGCUUGUAAGGACAAGAGGGGCUACACGGCCCUGCACUCGGCGGCGGCCGGCGGCCGGAUGGACGUGGUCACACACCUGGUGAGCCUGGGCGUGGAGAUUGAUGAGUCCAACGCCUACGGGAACACGCCGCUCCAUGUGGCGUGCUUCAACGGUCAGGUUCAGGUCGUCAGCGAACUCAUCGACUUCGGCGCCGCCAUCAAUCAGACCAACAACAAAGGCUCCACCCCGCUGCACUUAGCCUCCGCCUCCACCCAUGGAGCGCUGUGCCUGGAAGUCCUGGUCCACAACGGGGCCCAGGUCAACCUGCAGAGUCGGGACGGGAAGACUCCUCUUCACCUGACGGCGGUUCAGGGACGCUUCGCUCGCUCUCGGACCCUCAUCCAGAAUGGCAGUGAGAUCGACAGCGUUGACAAAGACGGGAACACUCCUCUGCACAUCGCCGCACGCUACGGCCACGAACUGCUCAUCCACACGCUGAUCACCAGCGGAGCGGACUGCACCAGGAGAGGCGUCCUGGGAAUGCUUCCUCUGCACCUGGCUGUGCUCAACGCUCACUCCGACUGCUUCGACAGGCUGCUGUCCCCAGGGUUCCACAUUGACACUCCUGACAGUCUGGGUCGGACGUGUCUCCACGCCGCCGCCGCUGGAGGUAAUGUUCAGUGUGUGAAGUUGCUGUUGAGCAGUGGAGCUGAUCACACCCGGACAGACAACUGUGGCAGGACUCCUCUCCAUUACGCUGCUGCCAGUCGUCACCUGUCCUGCCUUCAGACUCUUGCAGGCUGUGGCAGCAGCAUUAACGUCACCGACCAGUGGGGGCGCUCUGCGCUGCACUACGCUGCUGCCUCCGACCUGGAGCGCAGGCGGCGUGUGGCUCUGGAGCCAGAGAGUGAUGGCGUCCAGGCAGAGCGGGAGAAGGAGGCGGGGCUAUGUUUGGAGUUCCUGCUGCAGAGCGGAGCCACCGCGUCCCUCCGGGACCACCAGGGAUACAGUGCAGUCCACUACGCCACCGCGUACGGACACAGACAGUGCCUGCAGCUGCUGCUGGACAGAGAUGACGGUCACUAUGACGACCAGGAGGCCCUGAAGGUCCAGAGCCCGCUGCACCUGGCAGCGUACCACGGCCACGCUCAGGCCCUGGAGGUCCUGCUGCAGAGGGACCGGGACCGGGGGGACGUGGACCGGGGGGACGAGGCGGGCAGGACUCCUCUGGCGCUGGCGGCCCUGCAGGGACACGCAGAGUGUGUCCACACUCUCCUCAGCCAGGGGGCGUCGCCGUGCUGCACUGACCAGCAGCACGGGCGCUCCACGGUGCACCUGGCAGUGUUGAACGGUCACACCACGUGUGUGCGUCUCCUGCUGGACGACCCAGACGGUGCGGAGCUCCUCGACGCAGUGGACUCUCAGGGACAGACUCCUCUCAUGCUGGCGGUGGCCGGAGGUCACGUGGACUCCGUGUCUCUGCUGCUGGAGAGGGAAGCCAACGUGAACCUGGCGGACCGCCAGGGCAUGACGGCGCUGCACCUCGGGCUGCUCUGUGCUCAGGAGGAGUGUAUCCAGUGUCUGCUGGAGCAGGAGGCGUCCGUGCUGCUGGGAGACUCGCAGGGACGCACCGCCAUCCACCUGGCGGCCGCCCGCGGCCACGCCGCCUGGCUGAGCGAGCUGCUCGGCAUCGCCUGCUCCGAGCUGCCGGCCCCGCCCCCCCUGAAGGACCACGGCGGGUACACGCCGCUGCACUGGGCCUGUUACUGCGGUCACGAUUCCUGUGUGGAGGUUCUUCUGGAGCAGAGAGGUUGUCGCUGUAUUGAUGGAAACCCGUUCACCCCCCUGCACUGUGCUGUCAUGAACGACCACGAGGCGUGUGCGUCGCUGCUGUUGGAGGCCAUGGGCUCGGACAUCGCCGGAUGCAGGGACUCCAAGGGCAGGACUCCUCUCCACGCCGCGGCGUUUGCUGGACACGUGGACUGUGUCCAGCUGCUUCUCUCCCAUGAUGCACCAGUGGAUGCUGUGGAUGACUCGGGUCGCACCGCAAUGAUGAUGGCAGCUGGAAAAGGCCGAGUCGGCGCUCUGGGGGUCUUGCUGAGCUGCAGCAGCAUUGCUCUGACUGACAAAGAUGGAAACUCUGCCCUUCACCUGGCCUGCAGUAAUGGGAAAGAGGAGUGUGUGUUGUUGAUCCUGGAGAAGCUUCUGGACGCGGCGCUCAUCGACGCCACCAACGCGGCGCUGCAGACCCCCCUCCAACUGGCAUCUCGCAGCGGUCUGAAGCAGGCGGUCCAGGAGCUGCUGUCUCGAGGAGCUAAGGCCCAGACCCUGGACCACAGCGCUCCUGUGGUUCCUCCCCAGACUCCUUGCUGAGGCAGCCCCCCCAACCCCGAUGAUGAGUGGGUCUGGUGCCGGCCCCUGGGGUCCCGGAUAUCCAGGAACUCCUCCGGACCCUCUAAUCGGCUCAGAGGACUCAGGCAUCUUCUGAAACUCCAACCCGAGUCUCCGACCUCCUACCUCCAGUUUCUUUCACAGCCGUGUGUGUUUUCUGCAGUCUGUCCCUGAAGGGGUGGGGAUGGGGGUGGGGGGGUGUGGACCCCUUCAGGACCCCCUCAGGACCUGCAGCGGCCCCUAUAUAUACUCCUCUCUCCUCCUCACAGGUGCUUCCAUCCAAAGCGACCUUGGUACUCCUGCCUCCACGGAGCUAUAAAAGCCAUUUUUAACUAAUAAUCUUCAACUUUUUCUUCUUGUUGCACCAAAUCUGUGACUUGAUCUUGUAAAGACCGAACCUGAAGACUCACCUGAGCAGGUGCUCAAUCACUUCCUCACAGCUGAAGCACAACGUCCAGCCCGCGGCUGCAUCCCGAGCCGAGCCUUGCACUAUUUUUACUCUGAUUUAAAACCCUGAAACCACGGAAACCAGCACUGACGGAGAAGGGGCGGAGCUGCUGCGUCAGGCGGAGCGCGGUCCGAAGUUUUUAGAAAUGAGGAAUGGGUUCAUUUUCUACGUGAUGCUAUUUUUUACGUGACAGACGGUGAAACAUGGAGACACCGACAAAAACAUGAAGUCUAAUGGAAUCAUAUGGAACGAUGGUAAUAAUAAUAAUGAUAAUAAUAAUAAUAAUACGAUGGUUUAAGGUUGAGCCAUCUGCCGCUGUUAGCCCGAUGCUAUGCUAUGCUAGCAGUGUGGAACAGUGUGAUCGCCGACCCUGCGGGUGGGUCGCAGGUCUGACCUCCUCUGUAUCAGGUCCUAUUUACCCGACGACGCCACUGAAAAUGUAACUUUUUGAAUAAGACUCGCAGGGUAGAGCUUUUGGGUUUUUUUGGGGGUGGUGGGAGGGGGAGGGUCAUAGGUUUGAUGCCUCUGUGUUAGUGAGACGGGUCUUGGGGGAUUCCGGCCGACCCACCAUGGACCGGGUCAGAUUCAAUCUGUGAUUCCCCCCAAUCGUCUGCACCGUGUCCAGUGCCUUGAUGUCCACUUCUUGCUCUUCUGACACCCCCACUACCAUUCCCGCGCCCCCCACAGGUGUAAACCUUCACAGUGUGUUCGAGCAGCUUGGGUACAAUCGUCGUUUGGUGGUACUCCAACAGAACAGUGUUAACGGUGUGAAAAAAGAGCCAAAUGAGUUUGUUCAACAAGCAGAAGUUAAUAAUAAAAAAAGUCAGCAGGAGCGUUUAAAGUCCUUUUUUAUAAAUGUUUUGUAUUAUUGCUCCAUGUGACUCACAGCUGGGAAGCUUUUUUAAGGCACCAAAUCUUUAUUUGUCUUCCUGUUUCACUGAUUUUCUGAUCUGAGUUCAGAUUUUUCUCUUCCUGGAGAACUGAGUGCGCCCAGGGGGCGUGGCCUGGCUCUAAGCCCCGCCCCCUCUACUGUCCGGGUGUAACCUGAGUCUGUCACUCAAACUGGGGCCACGCCCCUCCAGCAAGAGCGGAACCGCAAAAAAAUGUAUUUAAAUAUUUAAAUAGAUGAUCUGAACUUCUUUUCUGUCUUCACUCUUCACUGGGCUCACUCGCUUCAAGGAGAGAAAAAACUUGUUUUAUCUUUUAUUCUCUUUGCUCUCUUUGCAAAUUUUAAAAAUGUUUGUAUACAAGAUGUGACAUUUGUUUGUCAAUGUUGACAUUGUCAUGGUAACGGACGGAAUGGGCGGAGCUUCAGUUCCUGAUGCAGUUCAACACACGAGCUUAGAUUUCUAUAAAGUCACUUCAAGUC